UUUAAAACAUGUCGGCUAGCGGUUGUGUUGUGCGUGUGUAGUGAAUUUCUAUAUUUUUAUGUAAAGUAGAUCGAUUUUCACUUAUGCUUCCUUUAGUAUAGUUUAAUUUCAUUAAUCUGUAAGUAAUCAAAUUGUACUUCAUAUAAAAUUUUGCAACAUAAGUAAAGUCUUUUCAUCGUGAGUCUGUGUGCAUUCUGUGGGUUUCAGUGGAUGUUUGUGUUGGUGAGGGCGAUGAACAAUAUUGGAGAAAAUGUGCUAGUGGAUUGAAGCUGUGAAUAAAUAUUCCAAGGACUACCAGCAAUAGAAACGUUUAUAUUUCCAAAAAGGAGGUACAGGACGUGGACGAGGCGGUGCGGGAUCGAGCGGUGCAGUAGCUGACAACAAGCCGGAAUCUAAGGAGAACAAACCAAACCCCAAAAUGUCGAAGGCACUUGGUACUUCGGCUAAGAGGAUUCAGAAAGAGCUGGCAGAGAUUACACUGGACCCACCACCCAACUGCAGUGCCGGGCCGAAAGGGGACAACUUGUAUGAGUGGGUGUCAACGAUCCUCGGGCCUCCCGGCUCAGUGUAUGAAGGUGGAGUGUUCUUCCUGGACAUUCAUUUCUCACCAGAAUAUCCAUUUAAACCUCCUAAGGUGACAUUCCGAACUAGGAUAUACCACUGUAACAUCAACAGCCAGGGCGUGAUUUGUCUAGACAUACUGAAAGACAACUGGUCACCGGCACUGACAAUAUCUAAGGUCCUACUAUCAAUAUGUUCCUUGUUGACUGAUUGCAAUCCAGCGGAUCCCCUGGUGGGCAGCAUCGCGACACAGUACCUCCAGAACAGAGAGGAGCACGACCGCAUCGCGCGCCUCUGGACCAAGCGCUACGCGACAUGAUUGCCCUGUCCGCCCGCGCACCGCUCACUGCUAAGGAACAACAUAAACUAUCAUACUCAGUACCAUUCUGUUCUAAAUCCAUCCUGUUCACGUAAAUAUAAGCUUACAAUAUUAUCGAGGUAUCCGUCGUGCACAUUCUGCAUCAUAAAUGUUGCUUCAUUACAGUAGAAUUUUAAAUUAAAUAGUGAUAAAUACUUCCUACUAGCUAAGGACUUACUCUGACCCCUGUAUCACGUGUUUCCAAAUAGCGAUGACACUGCCAGAGUUUAGAUUUGUAGACAAGUACAAAUUGAGUGAUUCAACAUAAUAUCUUUCUACAUAAUAGCUUAUGGAUGUUGUCCUAGUUAUCUCACUGUAAUGAAGUAUGAACAUGUUAUGUCGCAAGGUGUGCACAUACAUAGUUUAUAUGGCUUAUUAAUAUUUAGUUGCAAUUAAUGUGAUGUAAACACGCUUGAGAUGACGAUGGUAUGGGACGGGAGUUUUAGUUAGUUAUCAAUUGAUGGACUUCUGUUGAUGUUUUAGUUGUUUCGUGGUAUGAAAACUGAGUCAGUAAGAAAUAUUAUUUUUAGUUAUUAAUAUUUGGUGUUAUAUACUGUUCGCGUAAAGCUACCAGUACACAAUAUGUAUUUUAGGAAUUGGUGAUGACAAUCUUGAUUGUAAAAUGUGAUGGACUAAUUCAGUUUACACACCAUGUAAACAGAACUGGCAGUAUGUAGGUGUAACCAGUGAAUUGAGUCAAUUUUGCCGCAAUAAGUGCGAUGAUCUCAACACUUGAACUGUUACUAUUUAGUAUACAUGUCACGACUAAUGCGACAUCUAUUUAUGAUAUAAUUUUUGGAAUAAAUCGCAUUGUCUAGCAAAUAUGUUUUUGAUUUCAGGGUACAAUUUAGGUUGGUUUACUUGGAAAUUCAGUCUCCCUUAUUAUUGGCCGUAGAUGUUGACUGCUUAUAAAACGAUUAUGUAUAAAUAUGAGAUAAGUUUAAAAAUCCUAUGCUCAUAGUGACAUUUACAUUCGAUAAUUACCAUUUUUCAAAGUUACUAAUAUAUAAAGUAUUCAAUAACCUUCCGAAUUACUAGAUACCUUGCAUCAGUACCAUUUCUAACUGUAAGGAAAUUUCCCAACUUCACUUCAAGCUCUACUGUUCAAAUGAUUCACUCGGAAAGAGGAACUUAUGUGAUUAUUUGUAAUAAGAGCUCAAUUUUAUCCAAAAUUACAAGGAGUUGCUUGGAUAUUGGGAGUUGAUGAGCGACAAGCUCGCAGAUUGCUGGCAAGGCAAGUGGCAUCCGGUUCAGAACUGUAGGCUGUGAUGUGGUAAGGAUAAGACCAAGAAUUUUAAAGGCACUGACUUCUCUGUAAGUUUCACCAGUGCAGUCUCCGCAUGAAAGAUGUGGCAUUUAUAGCAAAACUAUAGCAAACAAUUUAGACCUUAUGAGUGAAUGAAAUUAGUAAGAAUUUGUACUAUUAAAUAAGAUUUUUUUACUUGCGCUGUUUUGUUAGGUAGUCUUAUUUUUAAUUUAGCAAUGAUUUCCGUUGGCAAGUUAUUUUAUUCACAUUCUAUAUGUGCAAUAAGUUCAGCCUUAGGAAAUGUGUGCUUAUGGUAAUUUAAACACUCAAUAUGUUGUAGGCUAUUUGCGUCGGGUGUACCUAUGUAAAAUUAUUUAUUUUUAUAAGGAAGUCGCGGGAAGGCUCACAAUACGGCCGUGUCGGUAUUAGUGUAGCUUGUAUACGGUCAAGUUUUGUCACGUGAUUGACAAUUGUUUAUCGAUGCAAACAGUUGGGAUAGAGGUUUGUUGAGUAGACAUAUCACCAGCGCGCGCGCCCCGCGCCGCGUGCGUCAUAGUUCCUGCGGGCUCCGCGCUCGCUCGCUCGUGCCAAAUCCGAGCACCUCGGCCCUCGCUCACUCUGAAAUUACUCCAACUUUAAUAUUCCGUUUAGAAUGUAAACAGUUAAUAGAUAUAAGUUAUUUUACUGUAAUGUAUAAUGUAUGUCUUAACCCUAGUUGAAUAGGACUUUAGCAGUGUAAUAUUUUAGCGAAGUGUAUGUCGCGCGUAUGUGAAUGUUUUGGUGAUAGCCGUAAUGAGAAUCAUCACUUAACGAACUGAACGGUGAUGUCAUUUCUGGUGUAACUGGUGCUGUGAGAUUCAAAUGCUAGCGACAUACUGUAGAAAGAUGAAUACUAAAAUGUAUUUGGGACUGCAUAUAUUUUGUCAAUGUGAUUUUCUAAUUAUUUUAUACUAUGACUCGAAAUGUGUUGCUUGCAGACAAGCCUGUAUUAACGCGACUGAUGUUCCUCAAACAAACUCGAUGUUCACGAACUCUGACCCCUUAUGAUAAUCAUCCUUUGUUACAAUUUAUAUCAUGGUAUACAUAGGAAAAUAAAAUUGUGUGGAACCAGGACAUCAA